AUGGCGGGGCCCAGCCCUGCCCAGCAGCUCCUCGCCGAGGCCUCGUGUCCCGUGUGCCUGGAGCUCUUCCAGGACCCCGUGUCCAUCCCCUGCGGCCACAACUUCUGCCGGGGCUGCAUCGAGCGCUGCUGGGAGAACUCCCGGGAUCUCUUCCCGUGCCCGCGGUGCCGGGACGCGGCCCCGGAGCGGAGCCUCAGACCCAACCGCGAGCUCGGGCACAUCGCGGACAUCGCCCGGGGGAUGCUCCCGGCCGUGCCCGGGACCUUGUGCGGGAGGCACCGGCAGCCGCUGCGCUUCUUCUGCCGCGAGGAGCGGGCGCUGCUGUGCCUCGUGUGCGGCCGCUGCCGCCUGCACCGAGUCGUGCCCGCCGAGGAAGCCGCCCAGGAGUACGAGGAGCAGAUCCAAAACUGCCUCCAGGCUUUGAAGGAGGAGAGAGAAAAAUACCUGGAGAGCCGAAAAUCCGGCGCUUGGAGGAGCUUUCACCAGGACAAAGCCAGGAGCGAGGGGCAGAGGAUGGUGCGGGAAUUCCAGGAAUUGCGGCGGGUCCUGGAGGAGCAGGAGCGGCUCCUCCUGGAGCAGCUCGGGAGCCUGGACGGGGCCAUGGGCCGAGCCCAGGACCAGGCGCUGGCCAAGGUCUCGGAGGAGCUGUCGCAGCUGGACACCCUCAUCUGGGAGAUGGAGGGGAAAUUCCAGCAGCCCCCGAGCCUCUUCCUGCAGGACAUCCAGCAGCUCCUGGACAGCUGUGAGAGGAUGAAGUUCCAUCCCCCAGCCGAGAUCUCUCCCGACCUGGAGAGGAGCCUCGAGGAUUUCAUCCAGAGGAACAUCCUGACAGCCUCAUGUUCCUGCUGCAGGAGCCGGACCCCUCCAGAACCUCAGGAACUGGGAGAACUGGGCCGAUCCGGCUGCUGCGAGGGACAGGAGCGUCUCCACCUUCCCCGACUCCGCUCACGCUCUCCCUCCUCCCGCAGCCGACCUCACCCUGGACCCGUGCACGGCUCAUCCCCACCUGCACCUCUCGGAGGACGGGAAGGAAGCGCGGGGGCACCUGGUGCCAAGGGACGUGCGGGACCACCCCCAGCGCUUCGACUUCGAGCCCUGCGUGCUGGCUCGGGGGGGCUUCUCCUCGGGGCGGCAUUUUUGGGAGGUGGAGGUGGGGCAGGGCGGGGUGUGGGCGCUGGGCGUGCUCCGGGAAUCCGCCCGCAGGAGGGGCCCCCUGAGCCUGACCCCCAAAGAGGGGGUGUGGGCGCUGGAGGCCUUCCACUCCCUGACCUCCCCCCGCGCCAACCUCCUCCUGCGCCCCCCGCCCCGGCGCCUCCGCGUCUCCCUGGACUACGAGGGGCGCCGAGUGGCUUUUUUCAGAGCCGGCGACGACGUCCCCAUCCUGGAAUACACCCGGGCCGCCUUCAACGGGGAGAGGGUCCUGCCCUGGUUCAAAAUGGGGAUGGGGGCGCGGCUGCUGGAGGUGACGCGGAACCCCCUCAGUCCCCUGGCCGGGCAGGUCGUGUCCCCUCUGGACUGGGUGGGCUUCGGGUUCUCUCUGCGGAUCUGCCCCUGAGGGGCCCUGUCGCGAUAUGUCCGUCCCUCUGUGUCGGGCGGGAGCUCCGGCGUGGCCGUGGGAGAGGAGAGGAGAGCCCGGCUGGGUGUGCCGGGGGUGGGGGCGGGGAGGUUUUAACCUCGCUGUGCCUUGGGUGGGAUGAAUCCUCCAGCCCUCGGUGUGGGGGCUGCUCCCCGUCUCUGUCCCCGUUCCUGACGUUCGUCUGCAAUAAAAUAAGGUUUUCGUGCUGCACCCGCCAGGAAUUGUGUUCCUCUGGGUUUCUGGGUGGUAAAUUAGGAAAAUCCUCGCGGGGUGAGAGCAUCUCGUUGAGCUUCUGCCUCCUCCCCAGACUUUCGCACUAAACACCCCUAGAUUCC